AUGGAGAAGGAAGAUUGGGACUUUAGCAACGAUCCAUGCAGUGGAAAAGGAAACUGGAAUGUUUCAUUUAAUCCACUUAUACGGAGCAGUCUCACUUGUGACUGCUCGUUUCAUCCUCCCAAUUCAUCGUGUCACGUCAUCGCAAUGGUUUUGACGUCGCAGAACUUAACAGGCAUUAUCCCCCCAGAGUUCUCUGAGCUGCGUUAUCUGAAAUCUCUGACCCUUAGCCGUAACUGUCUUACUGGUUCAAUUCCAAAGGAAUGGGCUUCAAUGGGUUUGGAAGGGUUAUCUCUUUUAGGGAACAGAUUGUCGGGUCCAUUUCCGGAAGUGCUAACACGUGUCACGUCGCUCCGAAUUCUAUAUCUCUCUUCCAAUUCCUUCACUGGCCCUUUGCCAGAACAGUUCGGACAGCUUAGAAAUCUGUCUGUUUUGACGAUAAGCGACAAUAAUUUUACUGGACGAGUACCAGAUUUCAUUGGAAACUGGACACAGAUACGUACGCUGGAGAUGCUUGGUAGCGGUUUGGAUGGUCCAUUACCUUCCAGUAUUUCGUCCCUGACUCGCUUGAACAACCUCAAGAUUAGCGACUUAGGAGGCAAACUGUCUUCCUUCCCUCCACUGAAAAGUUUGAUAUCUCUCAAUACAUUGGAGUUGAGGAGAUGUAACAUAAACGGUCAGCUUCCAAACUAUAUCGGAGACAUGACGGGCCUCAAGACACUGGACCUCAGUUUUAAUCUGCUGACCGGCAAGAUUCCUUCAUCAUUACCAAAUAUUAAGCUUGCAGAUUAUGUUUAUUUGUCAGGAAACAAGUUCACAGGGGAUGUUCCAAACGAUUUUAUCGAAAGAAACAAAAACAUAGAUUUAUCUUCUAAUUAUUUUACCGUCCAUGGCUCACUUCCUACUAGUGACUGUGACGAAACUCACAAUGCGUAUAAAGGCUUCUCUUGUUAUGUACAACAUUUCCCAUGCUUUUUGCCUAAAAGAGAUUAUAAGUAUAAGCUGUAUAUAAAUUGUGGGGGAGAUGAAGUGAGAGUUGAUCCAGAAAAGACAUAUGAAGCUAACGUAGAGGGCCAAAGAGCUUCUACGUUUGUCUAUGGCCCUGACAAGAAAUGGGGAUUUAGCAGCACAGGGAACUUCAUGAACGAGCUCACGGAAGUGGAUGAUUACACCGUGUCUAACACCUCUACACUAUUGGUCAAUGGUCGAUGCUGCGUCUCCCAGUUCUAUGCUUUACAAGACCGCUCGGAUCUCUCCUCUGUUGUUGACCUACUAUGGUAUCUGCCUGGGCAACGGAGAAUACACCAAGCUGCUGGUGGAUCGGGGAAGCCAAUCAUAAAGAAGUUUGUGGCACACGUUACCAAUAACAGUCUAAAAAUAAGCUUGGCCUGGGCUGGGAAAGGGACCACUUCACUCCCUAUUAGAGGAGUCUAUGGCCCAAUGAUCUCCGCUAUUACAGUGGAACCUAAUUUUAAACCACCAGAGCAUCAUGAUCAUGGCAAGAACAAUACUCUACUAAUAGUAGGAAUCGUAGUUGCAGCAGUAGUCGUCGUCGUUGCGCUUAUUGUGGUGGUUUGCUUAUGGAAAAGAAGGCGUCACAAAAAUGCCAUGGAAAUAGAGCUGAAAGGUUUAGAUCUUCAGACUGGAGUUUUCAGUCUUCGGCAUAUAAAAGCAGCCACUAAUAACUUUGAUGCAGCGAACAAGAUUGGUGAAGGUGGAUUUGGCCCUGUUUACAAGGGUGUGUUAUCAGAGGGGAGAAGGAUUGCUGUGAAAAAAUUGUCUUCGACGUCAAAGCAAGGACGCCGAGAGUUUGUGAACGAGCUGGGGAUGAUAUCAUCUCUACAACAUCCAAAUCUUGUGAAGCUGUAUGGAUGCUGUGUUGAAAAGAAGCAACUGAUUCUCGUCUAUGAGUACUUGGCAAACAACUGCCUUUCCCGCGCGCUAUUCGGAAAGGACGAGAGAUCGAGAAUAAAGCUAGAGUGGCCAACAAGGAAGAAGAUUUGCUUGGGAAUAGCUAGAGGACUCACAUUUCUUCAUGAAGAAUCUGUGAUAAAGAUUGUGCACAGGGAUAUAAAGGCGAGCAACGUGUUGCUGGAUGAGCAUCUCAACGCCAAAAUAUCAGACUUUGGCUUGGCGAAGCUGACCGAUGAGGAAAACACACACAGCACCACCCGUAUUGCCGGAACAUACGGCUAUAUGGCUCCGGAGUACGCAAUGCAUGGUCACUUGACUGAAAAAGCUGAUGUUUAUAGCUUUGGUGUCAUUGCCCUAGAAAUCGUCAGUGGAAAGAGUAACUCAAGCGUCAAACCUAGCGAUGAACUGGAGUUUCUUCUCGAUCACGCCUACGUUAUGAAAGACAGGGGAUGCCUACUAGACCUGGUUGAUCCGGUGCUAGGUUCAGAUUUCGCAAAAGAGGAAGCAAUGCUGAUCUUGAAUGUGGCGCUCAUGUGCACUAACAAGUCCCCGGGGUCAAGGCCAAAAAUGUCGCAGGUGGUGAAGCUCAUCGAGGGAAAGACCGCAAUGUCGGACCCGAAGUUGUCAGCAGCGACCUCGAAGCACAAGGCUUUAACUUUAAGGACAUUGUUUUGGCAGAGCGAAGCCUCCACAAGCGGACCUCGCACCACUGACUCUGAUGAUGCUCAGGAGAACACAUCAAAAGACGAAAUAGUAGAAGAACCAGAAUCUGAGUGUGAGUAA